UUUCCGAAGGCUCCGCUCGGCUUUUUCCGGAGAGACUCGAGAGUGAGGCGGAGGCCUCGUCUCUGCCCCGCCGCUUCCUGUCUCCCGGCUCGUUGCUGUUGCCGGCUCCGGUAACCGGCGCUUCAGCUCUGCCCGCCAUGUCCCAGCUCUGCUACAACCGGGGCUGCGGCCAGCGCUUCGACCCCAGCACCAACACGGAGGAUUCAUGCACAUAUCAUCCAGGUGUUCCAGUCUUUCAUGAUGCUCUAAAGGGCUGGUCAUGUUGUAAGAGAAGAACAACAGACUUCUCUGACUUCUUAAGCAUUGUGGGCUGUACAAAGGGUCUCCAUAAUAGUGAGAAACCCCCUGAGCCUGUGAAACCUGAAGUCAAAACUACCUCUGAGCGAAAGGAGCUAGCUGAACUGAAACCUAAAUUUCAGGAGCAUAUAAUUCGGGCACCAAAGCCAGUGGAAACCAUUAAUAGGCCAAGCCCAGAUGAGCCAAUGACAAGUUUACAGCUGAAAGUAUCAGCUUCCCUGAAACAAGCACUAGAUAAACUGAAACUAUCAUCAGAGAAUGAAGAAGAAAAAAAAGAAGAGGACAGUGAUGAGAUCAAAAUUGGGACGUCAUGUAAAAAUGGAGGCUGUUUGAAGACAUUUGAAGGUCCACAGAGCACAGAAGAAAUAUGUAUAUACCAUUCUGGAGUACCUAUAUUCCACGAAGGGAUGAAGUACUGGAGCUGUUGUAGGAGAAAAACUUCUGAUUUUAAUACAUUUUUGUCUCAAGAAGGCUGUACAACGGGAACACACGUGUGGACUAAAAAGGAUGCUGGGAAAAAAGUAGUUCCAUGUAGGCAUGAUUGGCAUCAAACUGGAGGUGAAGUGACUAUUUCAAUAUAUGCGAAAAAUUCACUUCCUGAACUUAGCCAUGUAGAAGCAAAUAGCACAAUGCUAAAUAUCCAUAUUAUAUUUGAAGGAGAUAAAGAAUUUGAUCACAGUGUGAAAUUGUGGGGAGUAAUUGAUGUGAAGAGGAGUUAUGUAAACAUGACAGCUACGAAGAUUGAGCUCACUAUGAGGAAAGCAGAGCCCAUGUUAUGGGCAAGCCUUGAACUACCAAUACCUAAAACGCAGCAAAAACAAAAUGAAGAUAUUACAGAUCAAGAAUGAAUCCUAAAGAUAUACAGACUGUUUCCUGAUUGUGAAAGUGGUGACUUGCUACUGUAAUGCAUUUCCUUUUAAGACUAUUUUAUAUACGAUCGCUUUUUACAAUACAUCUUGCAUUCCGGAUCAGGCCAAGCACUCCGUUAUGUAAAAACCUAGUGCUUGCCCUGAUCUGGAAUGCAAGAUGUAUUGUAAAUUUAUUGGAGCUCAGUCCACACUGUGCAUUAACAUUUCAAGCAUCGUAUUUGGACUGGAGCUACCAGAGUAAUCGAUGUUAGACUACAUACGGUUUGCUAUAUAUCUUCUUGUAAUAAGGAUACAAGAUACGAGUCUAUGGAAUGAUUAGCAUGAUUCCCAUGGUCUAGAAUAAAAAAAUUUGUUAUUCAAACAUCAGUAAUAAAUCCAGAAAGAAAGUA